UAAACACCACCCAAAUAUUUCCUCCUAAAUAUUAGGAACCUAUUACUAAACUUAGAGAGACAGGUGGAAUAUGGACGUACCGGUGCAAAUCUACAAGUUAGGCAUUGCCCCGUUGUUCGACCGCCUCUCAGAGCGAGAGAAGCGAUAUGGCCACUUUCUAUCAAGAGCCGCCUGGUGUGGCACGAGGAUAAUUCUUCGCCAGGUCUCACCGGAGUCUAUUGACAUCUUUGAUUUCAUACUGGAGCUAUAUAAAUCCUGUGAUGGCGAUUGGAAUCAAAUUUCCGAGACUGGUGGGGUCACUGAAGAAGACCUUGAUGGGUUUCUCGAUUAUGCAGCCAAUUUUCUGUCUAAUAUCGGAAAUUACUAUGGGUCAGGAGAUCAGAAGUUCGUUCCACAGAUUAGCCCUGCUUCGAUGGAGAAACUUGCUUCCCGGUCAUACAAACUCCGGAAUCUCUAUUCGAAGAUUCAGGACUCUAUUAUGACAGUUCCUCCCUUCACACUUGGUUAUCCUGGUCCACUAGCUCAAAGUUCUUACUACCCUGGGCAGUCAAUCAAGAAGGAAGAGAUUGCUCUCGUAUCUAGGCACAUGAGGGCUCAUUCUAUCCUUCCUGAGAACACUAGGGUUCAGAAAACCGGAGAAGACACAUUCGAGGUCCUUCAAGCCUCAACUGUGAAAUCGGAGGCUCCUAUACCUUUAGAUAUUCCAGACUCAACUGCCAGAGUUGAUCUAGUACGAGGUGACCAUGCGGAUGAUCUGGAAAAGGUCUGCCAAAAUUUAUCAGAAGCAGCUAAAUAUGCUGCAAACGAAGCCCAGCGAAUAUUCUUAGCUCAAUACAUCGAGAGUUUUCGAACCGGAAGUCUCGAGACAUAUCGCGACUCUCAGCGGACGUGGGUUGCUGACAAGGCACCGAAGGUUGAGAAUAUCUUCGGUUUUGUGGAGCCAUAUAGAGAUCCUGCCGGUAUCCGUGCCGAAUUUGAAGGCUUAGUUGCCAUUGCUGAUGCCGAAGAGACGAAACUAUUAUUAAAAUUGGUUGAGAAUUCCGACAAGUUUAUCCAGCGACUACCUUGGGCGACCCCCGAAAAUAAUGGUAAAGGAGUUUUCGAGAAAUCCCUAUUCGAACCACCCGAUUUCUCUAGUAUCCAUACUCUGGCGUACUGCUCCAGUAUAAUAUUCCCAGGAAUCAACCUCCCAAAUUACAACGACAUCCGUCAGGAUGUGGGGUUUAAAAACGUCAUCGUUGCGAACCGUAUGAUCGCUGAAAGUACUGCGAUACAGUGGCCUUUCAUUGAAGAUUCUGAAAUGGAGGUAUUCCAAAAACACAAGUACCCUGCAUAUCAUUGGUGGGUUGUGUUACAUGAACUAUUGGGUCAUGGAACUGGCAAGAUGAUGAUCGAGGAACCCGCGAAUAAAUUCAACUUUGAUCCUAUGAAUCCUCCAGCAAGCCCUCUUAACGGAAAGCCCAUCAAAUCUUGGUACAAGCCAGGUCAGACAUGGACUGGUGAGUUCGGAGAUCUGGCUACAACGCUGGAUGAAUGCAGGGCAGAGUUAGUAGGAGCUUAUCUUAUGGACGACCUGGAGCUCCUGGCUCUCUUCGGAUUUACAGAAGAAUCAGAAAUCCGAGCAAGUGAUUUGACUUAUAAUUUGUACCAACAGCUUGGGGUUGAUGGUCUUCGAGCUCUUUCAAACUACCAUGUCGAGGGAUUGAAAUGGGGGCAAGCUCACAGCAGAGCUCACUUUUCCAUUCUUAGAUGUCUGCUCAUACACGGCCAGGGGUGCAUCAAAGUUCACCACGACGCAGAGGCUAAGAAACUCAGAGUUCGGGUUGAUAGAUCGAAAAUACGAAGCCAUGGAAAGAAGGCUCUUGGUGAGAUGUUAUUACGUCUCCACAUAUAUCGCUGCACUGCCGACGUCCAAGAGUGUAAGGGGUAUUACGAGGCCCUUUCUCGCGUAGAUGAAGAAUGUCUGAAAUGGCGACAGACUGUCAUUGAAAACCAACCACCUCCUCUAUUAAAUGUACAGGCUAACACAUUUAUUGACGGCGAGGUUGUCACACUAAAAGAAUAUGAACCUACAAUAAGAGGUAUCAUUCAGAGUUGGUAUGAACGUAACGUCUAAAAGUCUACGCAAGAAAGUGAAAUUUCGAAGACAUCACUAAUUCAGCUACGAACUGCAUGGGACGAUUGAUAAUCUACACUAGCUUCCAGAAUCCAUCCUUGAUUUCGAUUUUAAUCUCCCUGUUUUCGUCUAUGCUUCUUCGGCCGGCCUCGAGAAUGGCUGUCGUCGCUAUCGUGUUGUUUAGCGUGGGAAGACCUCUCGCAUCAA